UGGCGGCACAAUUAGGUGAAGUUCAAUGUGACGCGCACUGUGCGCGCCUCCAGCCGCCACCAGGAGGUGAGGUGUAGCCAGACGUGUUCCGAGCAGCUGGACCAACAUGGGUCUGUGGCGGAGAGACGGGCGAGUGUGAUGACCAGCCGGCCGCCGACAUGAGCGCCUCUUUCCCCAAAUCGGAGUCCUCCACAUCAUUACUCAAGUCCUCGUCCGUGGCUAGGAGACGCCCCGCGGAGAUCCGGAGGAGUCCGCAUCAGCAUCAGAGCCAGCAUCAGCACCGCCACCGUCCCGACACCCUGCACAGCAACAGCACCGCGGACGAGUCCUUCUGCUCGGCCGAAGGUGACGUCAGUGCCCGGAGACCCCUGUGUCACCCCUCGGCGGUCGGAGCCCCGGAAAAGUCCAAGUCACAUGCUUCUAACGGCGAAGUUAAGAACCCGGCGGAGGGCAACGGAGGUGCGAGCAAACCCCCGCACAGACACCACCAUCACCGCAGGAGGCACCACCGAGAGGAGCGACCGCCGCCGUCGGCUGCGGGACCGUCUGUGGCGGAGCGUCCGCGUCGCUGUCACAAGCACAGCCGCCCGGAGCCGAGGCUGCCCUCGCUGUCUGAGGACGAUGACAGAACUCCCCUGUGCGGACCAAGCCAGAAGCAGAAGGAGGCUCCGGGGGUCAGUAACGGGGGUCAGACCCCGUACUCGUGUUCUGCUCUGCCGCUGUCCAGCAGCUCCUCCAGGCGGUCCAGGAGGUCCAGCGCUGCUUCUUCUGCCUCUGAAAUCAACCUACGGAACAUCCUGCACUCUCUCUUUGGACAGGACAGAGAGCUACGGCCUGAAGAAAUGGAUGAGCUGCGCGACGCCUUCAAGGAGUUUGACAAGGACAAAGAUGGAUUCAUCAGCUGCAAAGAUCUGGGAAACUGCAUGAGAACAAUGGGAUAUAUGCCCACUGAGAUGGAGCUGAUCGAGCUGAGCCAGCAGAUCAACAUGAACUUGGGAGGUCACGUGGAUUUUGAUGAUUUUGUCGAGCUGAUGGGCCCCAAGCUACUGGCUGAAACUGCAGAUAUGAUCGGAAUAAAAGAGUUAAAAGAUGCUUUCAGAGAGUUUGAUACAAAUGGAGAUGGUGCCAUCAGCACAUCAGAGCUGAGGGAUGCCAUGAGGAAGCUGCUAGGUCAACAGGUGGGUCUCAAUGAAGUAGAAGAUAUCCUGAGGGACGUCGACCUCAACGGGGACGGGCUGGUGGACUUUGAAGGUACUGGAAAAAACAACUCAAUUCAUGUAUCUGCAUGAUAACCUUCUCCUCUUCUUCCAGAGUUUGUACGAAUGAUGUCACGCUAAGAUCAUGAAAGUGAUCGGUCCUGAAUGUGAAGCUGUGUCUCUUUAUACUUGAACAAGUACAGCAGAGGACAUGCUGAGAUCUCUGAGCCAUUCACCUCUGAAUGACACUGGAAUCAAAACUCCAAACCUUGAAUAUGAAGGAGCGAGGAGUUUCAGCCUCCCACUUUCAAUCAAGUGAUCUUCCUGAAAAGUCUCCGGAGGCAGAACCUGCUGUAGCCUAGCUGAAGAUUGUCCAACCCUAGAAUUUUUUUGCACUUUAAUAUGAACUAGAUAUCUUCCGGAAUGGAGACGUUGUUGUUGUCCUGUGUCACCUCUGUGGUCCUGUUUAAAUGUCACACUCAACAAGCAAAUAACUGCAGACAGAGGAGAGGUCCGGUUGUUGGAUUGCCCAUUGUUCUGUGCGGUGUGUGUCUGUACGUGUGUUAUCUUGCCGUUGUUCUGUGUUAGGACGUCCUUCGCGUGACAUUUGUAGCCCACUGAUGUGGAAAUCUCACCUUUGUGGUGACUGUGUGACCAUCUGUGCUUGUUCACGGUGUCGUCCAAGUCCAGCGUGUUGCGUCUGAAAUUAAAAGCAAAGCUAUUUAAAACACCUAUCGCGUGUGAUUCAUUAAGAGUCGGGAGAUGUUCAACACAAACCCACACCCAUCUUUACCAUCUAUGCAGCUUCAGAUUGUAUUUUAAAUCUCUCUUUGGGAACAAAUGUCUGUCUGUCAAAGCUGCUUCAUCCAGCUGCAGUCACCAAUCCAAGCUGUGUUUACUGUGGACAUGACUGUGUUGUAUCGCCGUCGAAAUGAUUGUAACCGUGGACAGGACCCACACAUCUGUCUGUUCUAGAAGCAAUUUUUAUGCAUGCCAAAGAGAGAAAUGUAUCAAGUAUUAUAUGCAGAUAUUGUCAAAAAGAAAAGAAGGGAAGACAAUAUGGUGCCA